UAAAGAAAAAGUAUGAAACAUUUUUCAAGUUCAAAAAAAAAGAAAGAAAAAAAACAUCGAUAAAUAAAACAGUUCUUCACCCGAUAAAAAUCAUUUUAAUUCGAACAAGGAAAAUCGGAAAAACUCAAACAAUGCAUUAAUGACUUAUUGAUCAUUUUAAACAAUAAAAAAACACGUUUAUGAAAGCAAAAUACUACGAAAUCGACACACGGUUCAACUUAAUUUUUAUUUUCACGCGUGGGUUAACACAAUAAAAUGAGCAUGUAAAAUUCGACCUUUUCUGUCAGAAUAAAAUAAAAAUAAUUCAAAAGAACACAUGGUGUAAUGAUAUCUGACAUACCCGACAACUGCGUGAACGUAAAUCCUAUUUUAUCAGAACUUCCUCGUUUUGGAGAAAGCAUCAAGACUCCAUUUCUAAAAAUGAUAGGCGGGUUAAGAGUUUGAACUCAUGAAAAUAAUUUUCAUGUACUCAAAUAGUUCUCAAAAUAGUAGACAGUGUGCUUUUUUAGGGAAACUAAUUAUUAAGACUGUUUAGUUUUGUGAAUAAAUUAACUUCAUGAUAACCAGUAUGAAAUUGUUUUUUAAGUUAUAUUAUACACAGGAGUAUUCAAAAUGGGAGAAUGCCCUGCAACAGAAAACAACUUUGUCAGUGCAGCAGAUAACACUAGCGUCUUCAAUACAACCUCUUACCCACUACCAUCGGACAAUACGAACGAAGCUGUAGAAAAACUCAAAUUCAUCACUUAUGGAAUCAUCAGCUCGAUCAUCAUUGGUCUCGGAAUUUUAGGCAACUCGAUCAACUUAGCCGUUCUUACGAGACCAAACCUAAAAGGAGUAACAUUCGUCUAUCUAACAUGGCUUGCCAUAUCCGAUCUUAUGUCGCUGGUUGUAAGCCUUAGCUCAAUGUUUAGGUUGCAUGGGAUGCAGCCUAGAUCAUACAUAGCAGCUGUGUAUUAUGCACACGUAGAAAUGCCCCUAGUGAAUGCCUUUAUGGCUAGUAGCGUGUUUUUAGUAGUCGCAUUAACUGUUGACCGUUACUUCUCUGUGUGUUUACCAACCAGAUUUAAAGAAGUUCAUAACACUCAGAGAGCAAAACGCUCCAUUGCCGCUGCGUAUAUUUGUGCUUUUGCUCUCUAUAUACCAGUUUGUUUCCAAAAACAUCCCGUUGAAGUUCAGUUUGCAAACAAAACGGAAUAUAUUGCGUGUGAAUAUUCCAAAAUAACAUCUCAUACAGCUUUUAAAGUGUAUCUUAUGAUAAAGGAAGUAAUCGUUCGAUUGGGACCUGUUGUUUUGUUAGCCAUCUUGAAUACUACCAUUAUCAUCACAUUCCGCAAGACUAUAAAAAAACGAAGAGAUUUGUUGAGUAUGUCGAAUACGAAUUCGACUGGACAACAGCGAGAAGGAAGUAGCAAACGAUAUCGAGAAGAACGAAGACUUGUGAUCCUGUUAGCUGGAAUAGUGAUUCUAUUUUUUAUUGGAAUGACGCCAGCAGCGGUCCUUACCAUUCUGAUAAGUGAUGAUCGCGAGUUCCACUUUGGAUUCCAACUUUUCAGAGCAUUUGCUAACACUUUAGAACUUUCAAAUUACGCUAUGAAUUUUUAUGUUUAUUGCAUGUGCAGCUCAGAAAUUAGGAGGACUUUUAUUGCGCUGAUUACUUGUUCUAAACAAACACCGAAUGUCAGUUCAGCCAGUAGCAAACCUUCACUAGAAAGCAAUAACAAGUACUGAUAAUAGGAUGUAUUAGAAAUAUAGAAAAAUGUGGCAUACAAAUGUGACAAUUACUUAAAAAAUUUGAUCAUAAAAGUGACAUGCACUUUCACGGCACGUUACGUAAUCGUUAUUUCUAAUACGACUUUUAUUAAAUUUGAAUGCAAAAUAUGACAGACUUACACAAGAUGUUACGUUAUCAUGAUUUUCGAUGUAUUUUUAACUGAAUUUGAACAAAAUGUGUGACAUACAGUUACACAACAGGUUACGUUAUCACCAAUUCUAAUGUAUUUCUACCUGUUUUAAUUUCAUAAAACUGAAGUCAUUAGAAAUUAAACGACAUAAUAAAACAAAGUGCUUUUUCAGAAGCUCAUAAAUCAUUAUCAGAUCAUUUUUAAAAUUUACUCAGAUGGAAGCUGAAUUGAAAAUGUCAAAAAGAUAAUUAACAUUUACUUUUUUUUUCAGAUUCAUCCAAAAACAAA